GGAGAUAACGCGGUUUAGGAGAGUUUAGGAAUACACAGAUAUUAUGCUGCACCGGGGAGAGGCACGGACACUGGUUAUAACGGGGAGCUAGUCGCUAUGCCAGGUCUCGGAAGACUAUUAGGAGACGACAUGUCGCCGCUGUAGGUGAUAUUAUAAACUAACACAGGUAUUUAUUCGUUUUAUUCCAGCGAGAAGGCUUGUUUUUUUACAUGCUGUCCGUCUAAAUUGGAUACCGACGGGGGGCGGGAGAGCGAGCAACAAGUGGAGUUUGGUGUGGAGAGGUCGAAAUUUCUCACCGUCACCAGCUAUAUGGAAGAGCAAAAGGAGCCCAACAGCGGCCGGGACUCGACCGAGGAGGAGAGCAUGUCCCUGUCGCCGAACCUCCCAUCCCCUCCCAUGAUUUUACCCCACCAGGCCGCCCAGCAGGCCCACAGAACCACCAACUUUUUUAUCGACAACAUCCUCCGGCCGGACUUCGGCUGCAAAAAGGAGGCGAGCUACCGCGACCGGAGCCAGACGCCGGGUAGAGAAAACGUCAACCCGCUGGUAGCGAGGCCACAUACCGGCAGCCUCUGCCUGGACUCCAACUGCAGCAGCGACAGCACCUCCUCCUCCUCCUCGCCCUCUUCUUCCUCCUCCUCCUCGUCGUCGUCCUCGCCGUCUUCCAAGCAGAACUCGUCGAAACAAGGCGAACCGGCGAGCAACGGGACUAUCAGAUAUGCAGACAGCCCCUCGUCAAUUAUGAUUGUGAGUGGCAGCAAUGGAGCUUCUCCGCCCACAACGAAAGAAAGCCAGCCGCUGUUGUGGCCCGCUUGGGUUUACUGUACACGGUACUCGGACCGGCCCUCAUCUGGCCCGAGGACACGGAAACUGAAAAAGAAGAAGAGCACCAAGGAGGACAAGCGGCCCAGGACAGCGUUCACGGCCGAACAGCUGCAGAGACUGAAAACCGAGUUCCAGGCCAACCGGUACAUAACGGAGCAGCGGAGACAGUCUCUGGCCCAGGAACUCAACCUGAACGAGUCCCAAAUUAAAAUCUGGUUCCAGAAUAAGAGGGCCAAGAUUAAAAAGGCCACCGGCUACAAGAACGGCCUGGCCCUGCAGCUCAUGGCUCAAGGACUUUACAACCAUUCAACGACCACCGUGCAGGAGGAAAAGGAGGACAGUGAAUAGAGACCCGGACAUUCCUGCUGAGGGCCUCACUCUUUUGGAGAUAAUGAAAAAUUUUAAAAAAUGGACUUGAGGUGGGGUAAACGCUAUUUAAAAACACAGAUUUCUGUUUAUGGUAACAGUAUAUGGACAUAAUUAUAUAAAUGAACGAUCGUUAUUAAAGUUUAUAUAGCCACUGCAGUUAUCAUGUUGUAUACAGUAUAUUUAAUUUCAGGUAUGAGCUCAUCUCUCAUCCGGUCACUACCUGCUGGACAUUUCCAUCCUUUCCGUCUGUCGCUCAUUGUUUUGUUUUUUUUGUUUUUUUUUUAGGAUGUCUGAUUGGCUCUCUAGGUUUUGUGGUGUCCUGUCCCGCAUUAUUUCCUUCAACACAUCAGUUCGCAGACAAGCCAAAGAUUUUAAUAUGUUCACAUGUAGUCUGAAAUAAAAAAAAAGAGAGAAAGUUA